CACAUCCUGUCAGCUGUCGCUUCCGGAUGCGGUGAAACAGUAGAGAAGUAGGAAAAUACCGCACGUACGUUGAGUUAAAUGAUAAGACGCCAUUCAUAAAGUCAGGGGACAUGCCAACAUCGUCUAUGGUGGAUUCAUGGGGACAAAUACCCACGCCGGGAACUGCGUACUACACUGUCUUACGUCGGAUGUCCGCGAAGGAGCGUUGUUUCCACUGAGUGGCCGUGUUUAUAUCUUCUUGCUAGCUUAAGCCGCGUAGCGUUAGCAGGUACGCGCAGACAAAUACCUCUUCUCUUCGGUAAAUAUAACUUGUCGAUACCGCUUUAUCACUAAUUCGUACACGAGGGAACCGCAGUGUGAGUGUUAAAUUGUAACCAAAAAAUCGUUUGUUUUGGUUACUUUGUGGCCAGAUUGGGCACUCUUGUUCCUCUCUGUCAACACAAGGAAAAAAACAACAGAAGAAAAGUUAUCUUUUUCCUAAAAUAUCCAGGGCUCGUCUGGGAACCUGCACAUUGUGUCUUAAGUCACUCAUCGACACCUCAACCAGUGGACAAAAUGGGUGUGAUGUGGACUUCAGUCAGCACACGGAAAACAGAGCAGAUACACCGUAAAUAACACUUCCCUGUCAGCUGGUAGGCUCCACUACUUUUUCCUUCUCCUGCUGACAGGGCACUUUACAAACAGUAUCCUGUGUUUGAAUUUGGAUGAAGUGGAGGAAGUCUUGCUUGUUUUGUUUUUCUUUCAGCACCCCCUCCUUUUUGACUUAAUUAUAGACUAAACUCUUCAGCUCAACAGUGAAGGAUGAAUGGCCUCUCUCUCAGCGAGCUCUGCUGCCUGUUUUGCUGCCCGCCCUGCCCCAGCCGCAUCGCAGCCAAGCUCGCCUUCCUGCCCCCGGAGCCCACAUACGUCUUUCUUCCAGAUCCAGAGGCAGGUCCCGCUGCAACAGUGGCAACAGGAACAUCUAGCUUGCGGGCACGAAGCGGUGCAUCUGUUUCUGGGACUGGGGCUGUUGAGGGGAGAUGGAAGCUCCACCUGACAGAGCGAGCAGAGUUUCAGUACGCACAGCGAGAGCUGGACACAACAGAGGUGUUCCUCACUCGAUCCAGCCGAGGGAACAGAAUUGGCUGCAUGUACAUUCGCUGUGUUCCUAACGCCAGAUUUACAGUGCUCUUCUCCCACGGUAACGCAGUCGACCUGGGCCAGAUGAGCAGUUUUUACAUCGGCCUUGGCACUCGCAUAAAUUGCAACAUCUUCUCCUAUGACUACUCAGGCUAUGGUGUCAGCACUGGCAAGCCCACUGAGAAGAACCUCUAUGCAGAUAUAGAUGCUGCCUGGCACGCCCUGCGCACACGGUAUGGCAUUAGCCCAGAGAAUAUCAUCCUGUAUGGACAGAGCAUAGGUACAGUACCUACUGUUGACCUGGCGUCACGGUACGAAUGUGCCGCCGUGGUUCUUCAUUCCCCUCUAACAUCCGGCAUGAGAGUGGCCUUUCCAGAUACAAAGAAAACAUACUGCUUCGACGCUUUCCCCAACAUUGAGAAAGUGUCCAAAAUCACGUCCCCGGUGCUGAUCAUCCACGGGACAGAGGACGAGGUGAUUGACUUCUCCCACGGCCUGGCUCUGUUCGAGCGCUGCCCCAAGGCAGUGGAGCCUCUCUGGGUGGAGGGAGCAGGACACAACGACAUCGAACUGUACAGCCAGUAUCUGGAACGCUUGCGCCGCUUCAUUGGACAGGAGUUGGCAGUACAGCACGCCUGACCCAUCACCACCAGGACCGUCAUCGUCAAACAUCAUCAUCAUUACCAUGUUUUUCCUGGCCCACUUAAAGCUUCAUCUCUCUGUGCCCAAGAUGGGAGUCAUCCAAACCAUCUCUCAGCUCCGUGUAACGCUUCGCACACCGGUGCUUCGUUUUCAUUGCACAAUAUGCCUUCAAUGGGCCAUGGAUUGAUGUAACAUGAAGAAAAAGAAGUGCGUGAGUGUGAAAGACUUUGUCACAAACUGUAUUUACACUGUUUUGUUGUGGGGUUUUUUAGCUUAAAAGUGCAGCUGCCAUGUGUUGGCAGCAAAUAAACUCUUAUGCUGUGCAAUAAUGCGGACAGUGUCCACAGGAAGAAAAAGACUUUAAAUGGUGAGGAGGUUUAACAGAACAACAAACUGUAAUCAUGAGGUCAUGUAUUGUGGUCCACAUGGAAAAAUUCUGUCAGUUUUCCCGUUUGUUUUUAUCUUUAAUUUUUGCUGUUAACCUAAGUUAAAUGAAAACACCUUCUGAGGUCUUUCUUUUGUUCUUUAACCAAGGAGUGAACCAGACUAUGAUCCUAAACUGAGGUACAGACCAAACCAUGAGCCGUGAUACUUUUAAUGUUUUCUUUCUCAUUCCAAUUGCGUUUCCAUCAUUUCUUGGGUCUUUUCUGCAUCACAUACAGUAUGUACCCCAGUCUUGGAAUGAGAUUGUCUGUGUUUAAAAAAUGAUAAUGCUAAACUUUAUUUAUAUAGCGCUUUUCUUAACAGUGUCACAAAGUGCUUCACAAAAAGAUAAAAUACAAUACAACGAUGAGAAUAUAAAAUAUAUAUAAAUAAAGUGAUUUGAAAAAAUAUUCAGAAUUGAAAGAUAAAAUGUUUAAAGAAGGAAGUUCUCGAUCCUCUGAAGAAAAUACGUCAAGCUCUCACAUUUAGUGGAACGUCUAAGAGUGCGUUAGCCCUGUCCUCUUCAUCCUUUUUGUCCUCAUCUUGUUUAUGUCUCACACCAGUAGGUCAUGGCUGUCAGCAAAGUUCCUGUUUCCUUCGAUUUUCUGGAACUGAGGAGAAACUCUGAAAUUAAACAGGCCUUGAUUUUCUGCCCCCACCUUUUUUUUUUUUAGCUCUUCAUUUCUUUAACGCUGGCUGAUGGCCAUCGUACUCAUUUGCUGAUUAAAACUUCAGUGUGGAAUGAAGUAUUUUAUGAUUGUUGUCAGUCUUAAGCUCCUGUGAGUGACUGACACUUGAUCGUUAAAAGCAGAUGGACAACAUUUUGCCAUGUUUAUGAAGACCAUUGCACCAGUAGUCUGUAAGACAGGUAAAAACAGACAGGAAACAGGCUGUGUGUGAAUGAAGAAUGUCUUUUUUCAAGUCUUUCUGCUUUGGUUUACAUUCUUUUCAAGAACUGCCUAACAUUUGUAUGUCUUUGCAUACAGUAUAUAUACAUGUUUUAGGCAGAACUUUGGCAGACUGUUUAUUAUCCCACACAGAUCUGAGUGUAAUGGUGGUACACUAUCUUUUCAAGCUGCUGGUGUGACUUUUGAGCAAUUGAAAACACUCUCAAACAUUUUUAUUGUCCUUUAUGUUUUUUGUUUGUUUGUUUUUCUGAUAAUGUAGGGAAAUAUCACUAACCAAUAUAGAACAAAUCGUCCCACAUUUGUUCAAAUUGCUCUGCCAUCUUUUUCUUGUGAAAGCAUCGUGUGUAACAGUGUAUAACAAGAUUUUCUCAGCUUGCUGCCCUGUUCAAGUCAUUUUGGGUUGACUCAGAAGAUAAAUUGUUAUCCCUCCUUUUUACUGCCCGUUUUAGAUUCACUGCACUCCAGCGUGACAAAACCCUCACUUAAUGGUCUGUGUUACAACUAGACACGAGGUGCAAGCUAAAAGAUCUUCAAGGUGCAACACUCACCAAGCCACAGAGGUGUUUCGUCGGAUUUAAAUGAAGCUUAAACAAUGAGUGUUGCUCCUUUUAAACAUCUUGGUUAAAAGCUGAGGUUUUGAGUGCUUUUGUUUCUGAGGAGAAGUCAGGGUUUUCAGGUUUUCUUGUGUAUGCAUGAACCAAAGUAUAACCCAGUGUACCUGUUGUUUUUGUUAGUAUCUUCUUAACCAAAAAAUUAAAUUCAAGUUCUUUUAUGAAGGUUUUAUUUAUCUGUGUGAUUGGACUGAUAUUUUUCCUCUAUACAGUACAUUUGGAUGUAAAUCAAAUGUAUCAAAUGUAAGUUAGUCCAGUUGCUAAGUUAUUAUGUUUCAUCAUAUCAUAUUUGCUUUCAGACAUGCAGCAAUAGCAUAAAUUACCAAGUUGUGGGUGUUUUUUGUUGUUGUUUUCCAGUUGUUAGAGUGUUUCAUUGUUAGAGGAGCACGUUUAAGCAAUACAGCAAAGCCAUGAGCUUAGUGUGGAACGAUUAAAAACAAUGACAGACGAGCUUUAAGUAGGCAAAUAAAAAUCUUUUGUUUUUAUCUUUUAUUCAGAUGUUUGGAUUUCUGGUGUAACACGUGAUAGGUAUCAUUUUUGUCAUCACACAUUGUUUUUCACUGUUUAUUAUACUGACUAAUUUUUAGCUUUUGUCUUUUUCUCCAAGAAUUAAAGAGAAUAAGAAGUUAAUAAAACAUAAUGAGAAAGUGAUAAUGAA